UAGUAAUUGCAGUAUAUUCUUCUGAAAUUUUGAAAUGGAAGAUAAUGAAAAUAUAGAAGAUUCAUAUAUAGCUCAAACAGCUCAAGGUUUAUUCGCUGUUAUACCAUUAAAUGAUUGUCCACAUUUACAAGAAUUACAUACUUCCAACCCAUCUGUUUUUGAAAGCCUAGGUGAAGAUUUUGAUAUAUCUGCACCAUGUGAUAUUUGUAACGAUAGCACCGAAAAUUGGAUGUGUGUAACAUGUCAUAAAGUAUUAUGUGGGAGAUUUAUUAAUAGUCAUAUGCUAGAACAUGGACAAACUUUUAAUCAUGCUUUAACUAUCAGUUUAUCAGAUAUCUCCUGUUGGUGCUAUGGAUGUCAAUCAUAUAUACAUAAUAUAAUUUUAACACCGGUUAAAAAUUCUAUUCAUUACAAAAAAUUUGGUGUGGAAAUACCAAUACAAUCUGUUUAAUAUAUUCUCAUUUUGUACAUAACUUUUUGUGAUUUAUAAAAUAUGUAUUUAAUAAAAAA